AUGACACCGAACACAUGGCGUCAAGCACAUGAUGGUGAAAGUGUCAUUUUACAGGAUCUGAUUCCUCAUCGACUAGACGAUAGGGAACGACGGCAGAUCGGCUACUACCAAUGGGUACCGUUCGUGCUCGCUGUUGCAGCUCUAAUGUUCCACAUCCCUUCAUCCGUAUGGCGGAUGCUUUCUAGUCAAAGCGGUCUGAACGCUGCGCUAGUGCUCCAAUUAGCGUGCCAAGAGCAAAAUGUGGAUCCACUCGUUCGAAACAAAACUAUUGAUGUGUUAGCUAGGCAUAUUGCAGUCAACUAUAGCACAUAUACUGUUCCAGAUGACGCUUUGAUGUACCAGAGGGAACAUGGAGCUAGGAAGAAAAACGUUUACAUCUUUGCAGUGGUGAGAGUAGGUAAAUUCUACGGUGCGUACGUAUCCACGGUCUACGUAUUCAUCAAGUCGCUGCACCUAUUCAAUGUGGUCAUUCAAUUUCUGUUGUUGAACUCAUUCCUUGAAACAGCAGAGUAUCCGCUGUUUGGAGCUCACGUCCUUUACGAUUUACUGUUG